CCUCGUCUCACCCUCGCCGUGUCCCACCCUCCCUAGCUUUGUGCCUGGGGUGCCGAGCUCUUCCCCGUCAGCCGCGCCGCUGGAGGAGGGAGCCGCCACUGAGGAGCUGCUGCUCGCUGCCCCGGGGAGGGGCACAGAUAAACCAAAAGUGUCUGCAGCCUUGGGAUGAAGGCCAUGAGUUGGCAGAUGCUUUCCUGGUAUAUGGAUGUAGCUCAUUUCGAGCCUGGCAGAGGGAAGAACGGAGGCCUCAUUGCUGUCCUGGCUCUGUUCCCACCAGCUCUUUCUUCAGAUGUGCACUGUUGUUUUAAAUCUUGUCCCUGCCCCUUCCCCCUCCUCCCAGGCUUCAAUCAGUGAAUACUAGAGGGAUCAAACAGUGGAAACCAAGGCAAUGUCUUACUACCUCAGCUCAGAAAGCCACCUGGACCCGGGGCCCAUCUACGUGCGAGAAAACAGGCAGCUGCACAUGGUCAAUUUGGCUCUGGAUGGUGUCAGGAGUAGCCUGCAGAAGCCAAGGCCUUUCAGACUGUUUCCCAAAGGCUUUUCCGUGGAGCUUUGCAUGAACAGGGAAGACGACACUGCACAGAAAGAGAAGACUGAUCAUUUCAUCUUCACAUACACCCAGGAGGGGAAUCUCCGGUACUCCGCCAAAUCCCUCUUCAGCCUUGUCCUGGGUUUCAUCUCUGACAAUGUGGAUCACAUUGAUUCCCUCAUUGGCUUUCCUGAGCAGAUUGCUGAAAAGCUGUUCUCUGCUGCUGAAGCCAGACAGAAAUUCACUGAGCCAGGCGCAGGGCUGAGGGCUUUACAGAAAUUCACUGAGGCCUAUGGAAGCUUGGUGCUUUGCUCCCUGUGUCUGAGAAACAGGUAUCUGGUGAUUUCAGAAAAACUUGAGGAGAUUAAGUCUUUCCGGGAGCUGACCUGCCUGGAUCUUUCAUGUUGCAAGCUUGGAGAUGAGCAUGAACUUCUAGAACAUCUCACCAACGAAGCCCUGUCUAGUGUAACUCAGCUCCACCUGAAGGAUAAUUGUUUAUCUGAUGCUGGAGUGCGGAAGAUGACGGCACCAGUUCGAGUGAUGAAAAGAGGCCUUGAAAAUCUGACAUUAUUAGACUUAUCAUGUAACCCUGAGAUCACAGAUGCAGGCAUUGGAUACCUCUUUUCUUUUAGGAAACUUAACUGCUUAGAUAUCUCUGGUACAGGGCUCAAGGACAUCACAACCAUCAAGCACAAGCUCCAGACCCACAUAGGCCUUGUUCACUCCAAAGUGCCUUUGAAGGAAUUUGAUCAUAGUAACUGCAAGACAGAAGGCUGGGCUGACCAGAUUGUUCUGCAGUGGGAGCGUGUGAUUGCAGAAGCUGUGAAGCCACGGGAAACCUCAAAGCCUAGAACGGCAGCUCAGCACUUCUAUGGGAAGCAGUCUCGAGCAGAAGCCCCAUUGAAGUGUCCUGUGGCAGACACCCACAUGAACUCUUCUGAGAAACUCCAGUUCUAUAAAGAAAAAGUCCCAGAUUGCCAUGGGCCAGUGUUGAAACACGAAGCUAUCUCAAGCCAGGAGUCAAAGAAGAGCACGAAGAGACCUUUUGAGGAGUCAGAGACAAAACAGAGUAACUCUUCACAACCUCCAAAGCAGAAAUAUGUAUGUCUUGCUGUGGAAGACUGGGACUUGUUAAAUUCCUAUUGAUUAGUAGGUACAAGUUGACCUUUCUCCCCCCAGCUCUGACAUUUGAAGAAAGGAGACUAAGGAUGAUUUACUUCUUGUUUGAAUUUAUCUAUGGCAUUAGCAUAGCAAACAGGAAUUUUUACUUUUGUGGUGGGGGUGGGGGGGAUGCUAUGGAAGUAUGUAAUAAUUUCUAAUGUAUAUUUUCAAUACAUAGUAAUUUUUUCAAAUAAACAUUUUUGCUGUCCUUAA